AUGUUGUCCCGAUCUCUCUGUUCGGUCAGAUUUGUAUCCAGAAGAGUUCCAUCGUUACUUCUGGUGUCCAGAAAUAGUUAUGUUGGCUUUAGAGGUUAUUCUACGGGGUUGAACAAAGGGGCAGAGCCAACGAAGGUCUCAAAACCAGCAAAGCCAACCAAAUCUACGCCCGCCUCGACUUCAAAACUAAUCACAACUACCGCAACCUCCCCCAAACUCACUUUGGGUCAGAAAGUCUCAAGGGAAGUGAAGCACUACUGGCACGGUACCAAAUUGUUGGGCUACGAGAUCAAGCUAUCCACUAGAUUACUCAUUAAAAUGCUUUCUGGUUACGAGUUGUCACGUAGGGAGACCAAACAGUUGACGACGACUACGGCUGAUAUUCUUCGGUUGAUUCCGUUCUCGGUGUUUGUUCUCGUUCCAUUUGCGGAAUUACUAUUACCGGUGGCUUUGAAGAUCUUCCCUAAUCUUCUACCUUCAACGUAUGAAAGCGAGGCGGAAAAAAAGAAGAAGGUGAAGGUGUUGGGUCAGACAAGGAAGAAGGCCAGCACUUUUAUCAGGAAAACGGUCCAAGAGUCAGGUUUGCAGAUUCCUAAGGUUGAUGACGAUAAGAAGAAGCUAUUUACGGAGUUCUUCCAGACUCUAAAUAAAGGUUUGAAGCCAUCGCACGAGCACUUGAUUCAGAUCGCUCGUUGUUUCAAGAACGAUCAGGUUUUGGAUAACUUAUCUAGACCUCAAUUGAUGGCUAUGGCCAAGUAUAUGGGGCUUACUCCGUACGGAACAGAUGAACUUCUUCGGUAUCAAAUUCGGAAUAAGUUGGUGAGGAUCAUUAAAGACGAUAGGGCCAUUGAUUAUGAAGGUGUUGAUAGUUUGACUAUUCCCGAGUUAAAGACAGCCUGUAGUUCUAGAGGUAUUAGGACAUCAGAUGCUUCUCCUGCCAGAUUAAGAGACGAUCUUAAUACUUGGUUGGAUCUUAGAUUGAGGAGAAAGAUUCCUAGUGCUCUCCUAAUCUUAUCGUCAACUUUCACUUACGGAGAACAUGCCAAUGAUAUGGAAAGCUAUUACGAUGCGUUACUUUCAGUUCUAUCAUCAAUUCCUGACGAGUUGUACAACAUGACCAAGUUAGAGAUGUUCCAGGAUGAUGACAAGUUGAAAUUGAAUAUCUUGAAGGAACAGGAUAUGUUGAUACAGGAAGAAAACGAGCAAAGUAAGGGCAUUGUGAAGAAUGUUAAGGAUGAUUUGAAUGUGGAUGAUAUAGAGAAUGAGCACGAGGGAUCGAGUGAACAGAGUGAACAGAGACCUCAAAAAUAA